AUGUAUGGAAAACGUCAACGCCAAAACGACAACAUGCCUCCAAUGUUUGAUAUCUACCGUAAGCCGAUGUUUGACGAUUCAAUUCGAAAGGCUGAAUACAGAACCUAUGCUCCAUUUAUAAAGUCAUUCAAUUGCAGUGACAUUGUGGAGUUUAGCAUUAAUCAAGUUGAUUCGUUCUUUGCAAUGAGCGAAACUUUGUUGUGCAUUAAAGGUUCGCUUGAAAUACACGGAGCUGGUGACGUAAAAUUAGCAAAUAAUGUUGGAGCCUUUCUAUUCGAUUCAUGUACGUACAGUGAAAGUGCCAGGGAAAUGGAAACAGUUCGGGACCCUGGAAUAGUGAGUGCCGUACGUGCUAUGACUUGUUAUAACCAAGAAGAUUCCAAUCAUAUGGCUAUAGCCGGCUGGAAUUACCCGAAAGAUCAUAUUCUGAAUGUUAGCGACAAGUCCUUCAACCUUCAAAUACCUCUCAAACAUAUUUUCAGCAUUUUCAACGAUUAUUCAAUGAUUACAUGUGGGCGUCAAACAAUACGACUAGUUCGGGCACGAAAUGAUAAUGAUUGCUUAUAUAUUACUGAAAAGAAUGUCUCUGGAACGCUCUCCACUACAACAGCUAAAUUAAACAUUACAAGCGUUGAGCUAAAAGUUAAACAUAUCUUUCCUAAUGACAACAUAAAAUUAAAUCUCAUGAAAUCCAUUCAAAAAUAUCAACCUAUAGUUAUUCCAUUUAGGAAGUGGGAGUUACACGAAUUACCCUCAAUUACUAAAGGAGCAAGACAUGAAGUUUGGGCUGUCAAGACAUCCACUUCAGUUGUUAUUGUUUUCUUUCAAACCGGCAAACGUAACUUGAGUACAGCUGACCCGACUUUAUUUGACAAUGCCGACGUACAAAGUAUAAGACUGUCACUUAAUGGUGACUAUUGGCCCAAUGAAAGAAUGCAAUUGGAUUUCGCUAAAACUGAUUGCAAUGAAGCCUAUUUUAACUAUACUGAAUUCUAUCCCAACUACGCAAACUCCACACAGAAGCGCCCCCUGCUGGAUUAUUCUUCUUUCAAGAAACGAGCAUUGUUUGUUAUCGAUUGUUCAAAACAGGAGGAAAGCAUGAAGGCAUCCACAGUCGAUGUGAAACUUGACAUUGAAGCAAACAUAGGUUUUCCCGAAAAUACCAAAGUCUAUUGCAUCAUAAUUCACGAUUGUGUAAUGGAAUACUUCCCCCUCACCGAAAUUGUUAGAAGCUUGAACUAG